AAGGGAGAAAGGGAGAGAGAGAGGGAGGGAGAGGGAGCGCAGAGGAGAGAGGAGCUCUAGAAGCAGCACCAGCAGUGAGUAGUAAGUAGUAGCAGGAGGUCGCGCGCUGCAGACGAAGCUGCGCUCGGGGAGCACGCGAGGCUGGACGUGAACGGGACGAGCCGCUGGUGUUUUAAGGGCGCGCGGCCGUGGAUGUCCGCGGAUAUUUCGCUGGCGGAACCGGAGAGACCCGCGAGCGCUGAGCGAUGGAUGAGCGCGCGCUGAAGGGGAGCUCCGUUUACCGAGACUGAGCGCUCCGGCCGCUCGAGCCUGCCUGGAUUUUAAUCCCAGCCGUUUAUUCUGGAGAAAAAAAGGUUUUCUUCCUUUCUUUCUUUUUCACACUGAACUUUCUUUUAGUUUCCUCGUUUUAUCAGUGCGGACUGAUGGCCGUGUGUCCGCCCCCCAAAGCCCCCCGCUGGGUUUUGUUCGUGUUGUUAGUGCUGCACGCGCCGCGGAGGAUCUCACCUCUGAUUACAGGUACUGAGGCGAGCUGUGAUAAUGAAGGAGAGGUGCUGCACAUCCCCAACAUCACAGACAACCCCUGCAUCUCCUGCGUGUGUCUGGACGGAAAAGCAGACUGCAAGCAGGAGAAGUGCCCCCUAGUGGCAGAAGACUGCGCUCUGGUGGUUAAACAGACAGGAGCCUGCUGUGAAAGAUGCAAAGGUUGUCAGCUGGAAGGGAAGGCCUAUAAUAGCUCAUAUUCCUGGACUACUCCCACCAAGCCAUGUAUCACACGUCGUUGUCAGGAAGGUGUAAUCACUGAGGCAGAAAUGCAGUGUGUGGUUCCCUGCAAAAAUCCUAAGAUCCACCCCAAGAAGUGCUGCCCGUCGUGUCCAGGCUGUAUAUUUGAAGGACGUCUGUAUAAGGAGAGAGAGGAGUUCCACCCUGAAGGGAAACCCUGCAUCAAAUGCAUGUGCACUGGAGGUCGGACGAUGUGUCAUAGGGAAGUGUGUGCUGUUCUUUCUUGCCCAUCUCACCUGAGCCAUACACCUCCAGGCCAGUGCUGCCCCAGGUGUCAAGGUCAGAGAAAGGUGUUUGACCUCUCUCUGGGCAGCUGCUUGUUCCACAGUGAGGUCUAUGAGAAUGGCACAUCCUUCAGCUUUGAUAACUGCACAGCAUGCACCUGCCUGAACUCCACAGUGGUGUGCAGAAAGCGCUGUUCUCCAUCUGGAAGCUGCCAAGGUGCCACCUGCUGCCCAGAGUGUCUCUCCUACCUGAAGACGGAGGACGUGAAGUACUGCAGAGUCAAGAACAAAAUCUAUAGGGAUGGAGACAGGUGGUCAUCUGUGAACUGCACACUGUGUACCUGUGUGAAGGGGAACAUUGAGUGUCAAACCAAGCAGUGUGUGCCGGUAACCAGCUGCCCCCCGAAUAAGAUACUGAACCGGACUGGCUGCUGUCCUGUUUGCACUGAAAAACCAGGCGUGUGUACAGUUUUCGGCGACCCCCACUACAACACAUUUGACGGGCGCACAUUCAACUUCCAGGGCACGUGUGAAUAUGUGCUGACAAAGGACUGCUCAGCAGCAGACAGCUUCACAGUGCUGGUGAAAAAUGAUGCAAGGCGCACCCGCUCCUUCUCCUGGACCAAGUCGGUGGAGCUGCACAUGGCGGGCCUCACAAUCAGCCUGCACCAACACCUGACUGUCCGGCAAAACGGCACACGCAUCGCCCUGCCCUUCCACAGCACCGGCGUCCACAUUGACUUGGAUGGAUACCUUCUCAAGCUCACCACUAUAGCAGGCCUGGAGAUCACAUGGGAUGGCGACAGUCUGGUGGAGGUGGUGGCCGCGCCUCACCUGAAGGGACGGCUCUGUGGCCUCUGCGGGAACUACAAUGGCCACAAGCGGGACGACACCAUGGGCGGCGAUGGCCAGUUCAAGUUUGACGUGGACGAAUUUGCUGAUUCCUGGCGCGUGGACGGUAAUGAGGUGUGUGAACAGCCUCCCCGCAGGCCUGUGUCCUACCUUUGCCCCGCAUCCGUCAAAGUGAAGCUCCGAGCCCACCGUGCUUGCCACAAACUCAAAUCCUGGGAGUUCCAAAAGUGCCAUGCUGUGGUGGACUUCACGUCCUUCUAUAGGUCAUGUGUAACGGACAUGUGUGAGUGCCCAGUACAUAAAAACUGCUACUGUGAGUCCUUCAUUGCCUACAGUCGUGCCUGUGAGAGGGAGGGAUCACCUGUGCUUUGGAAGCCAGAACAGUCCUGCAUGACCACCCAGUGUAAACAUGGUGCUGUCUAUGACACAUGUGGUCCUGGCUGCACCAAAACCUGUGACAACUGGAAUGAGAUUGGCCCAUGCCUCAAACCCUGCGUGGCUGGCUGCCACUGUCCAGCUAACCUGGUCCUUCUCCAGGGUCGCUGCAUCAAGCCCACAUCGUGCCCUGGCCGGUGACCCCUGUGGCCCUGCUGAGGGUACUGCAGGCCAAAGACUAAUGCUAGAAUGGCUGAGUGCUCAUACCUGAGA